AUGCACGAUACCCCAACAAAUACGAUCCUCCAAACUUGGUAUUUUAUACUGAGAUGCGAGAGACUCGAGCAAACGCUUGUCUCCAUGAAGGAAAUAGCAACCCCCUUCAUCCCACAGCAGCGUCUCAAGGUUCUCCGGAUUGACCUUAAUUACCUGGACAUUAAUUCCGGUAUAUCUUCGCCUUCUGUUACGCACUAUUUCAUGCCACGAACAGACACACCAAAGAUAGAGAAGAUACGUGCAGACCCAGAUUGGGAUUGGUUUCUAUCUCAAAAAGGAAACUUUGGCAAAGGAACUUUCCGUGCAAACUAUCUACUUCGGCGUGUGUUCAUGGACUACCAGGACUGGAGUAUUCCCGAACUUUGGCCCUACAAGCCGGAUGGAACGAGAAGCGAAGAAAAAGAGAAUCAUGAUGAUCCUACUGCCCAGGAGUUGGGUCACCUUGAUAACACUAAAUAUGACAAAGUGAGCGAUAAAACAGACAAACCGGAUGAUAAAGUCUGCGAGAACAAAGAAGGGAAAAGUAUGGGCCCCGAAAAACAUAAUGAGAGUGACAAAUAUGACGACAGCAGCAAAGAGUGCAGUAACAGGACUCGCGAACCAAGUGGUAAAAGUCACGAGAAAGGCGACGAAAGCGAAAGCGAGAAAAGUGACCAGGAAACCGGUGAUAACCAUGAGAUGGUGAUUCCGAAGGCUUUGGACCUGAAUAUCCGCAAUUACAAGACUGAUGACUGGUUAGUCUACUGGUCCAAAGCUCUACACGAUCUCAGUCUUCCAGACAAAACACACGGAAUCAGUAUCGCCAGGUCAAUGGAGCUAGAUCACCCACACAAAUGCCACGAAUGGGCUCUGGUAGAUGUGAUAUUAUGUGGUCACGAUUGCCCCUCGACUGCUGAGCUCAUUGCCUUGGUUAGCUGGGGGUUGAGAGGGUAUGUUCACAUGCUCAAUAAAGCUUUCCCAACUAUGAUAAUAGUGUUCGACCAAAGAUGCUGUGCCCGUGUACUAUACGGUUACUUUGAUGGUAGAUUUCAAGUUCAAUUUACCCCGGUCUUAGAUUUUAAAGAAUUUACCGAGAUCAGCUCGUCAACCUUGGAAGGUUACAUGGGUCGGAUUGACAAGAAGAAAUACUAUGACAUGAUGCACUCAUUGCUUCGUUGGGCGUGGCCUCUUUGCCAUCAUCUCACCACUAUCGCUCAGCCCUAA